AUAUUCAAAGAAAUUUAGUGUCUAGAUUUCCUGACAACUAAGUUUUAAUCACGUUAUUCAAGAGCCGCAUAUAGUUCAUAAAUAAGAAAAUAAUUGAGUUCAUAUUGGAGCAUUACGCUGGCUGUCAGGUGUUUCUCGCAACCUGCCAGGUGUGUGGCCUUGGCCGCUCCCCAACCGGCGAGAAGAACUGCGAGGGUUGGAGUUGUGAUGUUACUGGUGGCCAGGACAGUGGCGGUGGUGGUGGUGGUGGUGCUGGCCGGCCACCCUCACACCGUUGAGGCCAAGAUCGGGACGUUCUGGCACGUGACGGACUUCCACUAUGACCUUAACUACACCACGAGCGGCGACCCGAAGAGGAUGUGCUGGGACACCAGAUUUUCGUCCGGAAGCGUGGGUGAAUUCGGCGACUAUGAUUGUGAUGCACCUUUUCCCCUUCUGACCUCCGCUGUGGACGCCAUGAAGAAGUUUGACGGUGAACCGGACUUUAUUCUAUGGACUGGGGAUGACACCGCGCACGUCUCCAAUGAUUACUUUAGCACCGAGGUGGUUGUGAACAUCGUGACCAACCUCACCAACCUCAUCGCCAGCCGCUUUCCGAACACCCCGGUCUUUCCUGUCCUGGGCAACCACGAUUACUACCCAAAGAACCAGAUGCCGGUGGGUCCAAAUCGUCUACAAUCAGAAGUGGCCGAUCUAUGGAAGAAAUGGUUUCAGCAGCUCCAGGGACAUGGAGACGUGUACAACAGCUUCCAUUCCAGUGGGCGGUACGCGGCGGACGUGCCGGGAAGCAACGUGACGAUGGUGGCACUCAACACGCUCAUCUGGUAUAAGAGUAACAAUGAGACUGCCUUGCUGCCCGACACCACCUCUGACGGCCUGGACCCGGAUGGCCAGUUCACUUGGGCCGAUAGUCUCCUUAAAGAUCUGGCGAAGAAGAAUCGCAGGGUGUACUUGGUGGGACACAUUCCCCCUGGAACCUUUGAACGGUACCAGCAGAAGCGGAAAGGUUUCCACUGGUACCAGCCACGAUACAACGAUCGUUUCACUCAGCUAGUGCAGCAACACGCCCACGUGAUAGAGGCUCAGUUUUUCGCCCACCAUCACACAGACUCUUUCAGGCUGUUCUUUGAGGAAGAAAAGAACCAAGAACAACGAAUACCCGUAUCGUACCAGCUGCUGAGUCCAGGAGUCACACCAUGGCGCUCCACCCUUUCUGAGGAGACUGGCGCCAACAAUCCAGGCAUCAGAUUGGUCCAUUACAAUACCACAACUGGCAAGGUGGUGGACGUGUCGACCUAUUACCUCAAUCUGUCUGCAGCCAAUCUUGAGGGCCGCGCUGAGUGGCACCUCGAGUACAACUUCUCAUCCACGUAUAACUUGAAGUCAGUCAGUCCUGUCGCCUUGUACGAGGUUGCCAAGACCAUGAAGGCAAACAGGACUCUGUUCGAUCUGUACUACCGAGCUAAUACCGUGGGGCUUGAGGACCCUGAGAAGUGCACCGAAAAGUGCCGCCUGCUGCACUGGUGUGCCAUCACCGAGAUUAACUAUUCUCGCUUUUAUGACUGCAACAACGGCGUCAGACUCUCUUGGCGGGCCGCCCUCGGUGUGGUGGCCUCUGUCCUAGUGCUGGUGGUCCGCUAGUCACCCAGGCUGUGAUGUCAAGAUAUCGUGUUUCGAGACGCUGCGAUCAAUAUCUGUGGUGAGAUUAGUGUACGUACAUCUUAGCAAUUUGUUACUGAUAUCCAUAUAUGCAUACAUAGACGAACGUGUGUGUGUGUGUGUAUGUGUGUGUGUGUGUGUGUGUGUGUGUGUGUGUGUGUGUGUGUGUGUGUGUGUGUGUGUGUGUGUAUUACGUUAUGUUAAAAUUAAAACCAUAUUCACUAUA